UCCCAUCUGUGUCGGGCCUCCAUCAUAUAAAUUCACACUCAGCACAACUUUCUUGUUAAUUUCUCUGACUGAGAAGAUAAUGGAGCUAGAAUUAGGCCUUGCUCUUCCUAACACCAAUCUCAUACAGAGUUUGGAUCUCAACAUCGAUAUCGCCCAUUGUCACAAGAAGAGAAGAUCGAAACGGGCGUUCUCUCGCAAGGAUGGUGAUGGCGAUGGUGAUGGCGGCAACAAUGGAGGCAACAUAGAUCCUGAAGCUCGUAACAACAUUACCAAAUUGCAGAAAGCUUCGGUAGGCUGGCCGCCAAUCAAAUGCAGUAGGAAUAUAUGGGUGAAAGUGAAGAUGGAAGGUUUUGCGAUUGGAAGGAAGGUGGAUCUCUCGCUUCUCAGUUCAUAUCAAGCUCUCAAGUUCACCCUUCAUCGGAUGUUUCCAAACAAAAGCUAUGACAACAACAAUGGAGACACUGGAAAACAAUCGCUGCAAAGUUACAUGGUUACGUACGAGGAUGAAGAAGGGGAUUGGAUGCUUGUCGGAGAUAUCCCAUGGGAGACUUUCAUCCGGUCAGUGAAGCGUAUCAAGAUACUUGGGAAUUAAUCAUGCUGAUAGCAGAGAUUUCAGUAUUCUGUUUUCUUGAAUCCAUGUAAUACUCCAGACUAGGUUGUACCUUUUAACCUUCUCAAUAUCCCUGCAGGAGGUUACAACUAAAGAAGCUAACACUUUGUAAUACCUGCAAUACUUUCUUAUCUUUUCUUUUCUUGCUAUAAUG